GUACAAAAUUGUGAAAUGAACAUUCACAAAUUAUGUGUGAAAGUAGUGGAAGAGAAAUGUGUAGGUACCUUUCGGAACAAGAAAGACAAGAACAGAAACAGAAUGUCUGGUAUAAUGGAAAACAUUAUAGGGAAAAAUCGGAAACAGGUUGAACAAUCUAAGGAAUGUAAUCUUCAAAUUGAUCCAGGACUUUCAUAUCUUUAUGGUGCCAGCAGUGCAAGUCAAAUUAAUGAAGGAGAAAAGACUACAAUACUGUCACAAUCUGACCAGAGCUUAAACCAGUCUGAAGGAGGUAAUGACGAUUCAAAGACAUUGUACAAUAACAGUGGUUUAGGUAUACAAGAAGGAGUUAGUGAUGAUUCAAAGAUAUACAUUAACAAGGAUUCAGAUAUCCAAGAAGAAGUUAGAGAUGAUUCCAAGCAAUUGUACAAUAACAGUGGUUCAAGUAUCCAAGGGCCCAAAGAAAAGUCUGAGCUCAUUUUCACUGGUCGUUCUGAGAGCUUUCGUCUGAGGAGAGAAUACAAGACACCUUUAAGGAAAGGAAGUGAUUCAAAUAUUCCAAGAUCACAAAGUGAUGCAGAAGUUGAUGACAAAACCAUCGCUAGUUUGAACAAGACGGGAGGUUCAUCAGUUUCUAGCUUAUCCACAAGAAGCCUUGACAGUUCAAGCAACUCACUAGAGGUGAUGCAAAAUACUACAGAAGGUACUCCAGUGAAUUCUGGAUCAGGAUCAAGCUUAUCUACUGGAAGGCUACAGUCCACCUUCUCCUCUUCUUCUUCAUCAUUAUCACACCUCCUUCAGUUUGAUGAUUCAGACCUGGAAGCUGAAAAUGAGCCACCAAAAUGGCAAGAAAAUGUAAAUAGUAAUGUGAUACGUAAUUUAAAACCCAAAGAAAAAAAGCGACAGGAUGUGAUAAAUGAAUUGUUCCAUACUGAACGCACUCAUGUACGAAACCUUAAAGUACUAGACAGGCUGUUCUUCAAGCCUCUACAGCAGGAGAAACUACUGCAGCAGGAUCUGCUAGAUCUUCUUUUUCCUAACCUGGAAGAAUUAUUAAAGAUUCACAGCAGGUUUAACAGUAUCAUGAAAACCAAGAGGAGGGAACAGCCAGUCAUACAAGAUAUAGGAGAUAUCAUGCUGCAGAUGCUUGAUGGCUCUUCUGGUGAGGAACUAAAGAGUGGAGCAGCUGUGUUCUGUCAUAAUCAGUCAGUUGCUCUAAAACUAUUAAAGAGUAAACAGAAGAAAGAUCAGAAAUUGGCACAGUUUUUAUCAGAUACCGAAGCAAACCCUCUUUGUAGGAGGCUACAGCUUAAAGACAUCAUUGCAACAGGUUUUCAAAGAUUAACAAAAUAUCCUCUUCUUUUAGAAAAUGUGGCAAAAUAUACAUCACAAAAGUCUGAAGAACAUGGCAAGUUACUACGAGCAGUGGACUGCAGCAAGCAGAUCUUGGCACAUGUAAACCAAGCUGUGAAGGAGGCAGAAAACGAGCACAGACUCAGUGAGCUUCAGAAGAAAAUAGACAGAACUGCCUUUGAGAAAGUUGAAGCUUCUAUUGUUCAUUCCUAUCGUCAUCUUGACCUUACCAAGCACAAGUUAAUCCAGGAGGGUCCUCUAAUCUGGAGGCUGCACAAACAGAAAACCAUUGAGAUGCAUGUUGUGCUACUAGAAGAGAUCCUUUUACUGCUACAGAAACAAGAUGAUAAGCUGCAGCUGAAAUUCCAUAACAACAAUCUAACUUCAGGCCGGGAAGACACCAAAGUCACUCACAGUCCAGUUCUUCGUGUGCAAAACCUUUUUACAAGAAAUGUUGCAACAGAUAGCAAAGCAUUUUUUAUUGUUUCCACGUCUGAACAACAUGCAAUCUAUGAAUUUGUUGCCUCUUCAACUUCAGAAAGAAAAAAGUGGCUAAGAUGCAUUGCAGAAGCUGUCGAGGCUCAAAAAGCCAAAUCUAAAGAUGGCUCAUCGGGAAGAGAUGAAUAUUUACAGAAGAACAAAUUGAUGUCUGUGUCUUUAGAGUCAUCACAUUCUACAUCAAGCAUUGGUGUGGAAUCUACCGAGACAGAAGAGCCUAGUGAUGAUCUCUCUCUUGAUGCUUUUCCUCUAUCUGAAACAGAAAUAUCUAGUCUCAACCAUUCUACUGCAGAUGACCAUGCUCAUUCCUUAUCAUCGCAGAGCAAAGACACUUGUUCCUCUUGCAGCUCAUUUGAAAAGAUUGAGCUGUUUAAUGUGUCAACUGAGUCACAACUGAUCAACCCAUUAGAAAUUGAAGUCAGUAAAGGCCCUGUUGUGCAAACUGCAGAAUCUGUAGUCACCCCAGUCGAACUGGUAACUUGCAAAGAUGAAGAGACUACAAAUGAUUCGAGAGAGGAAGAAGAUCUUGUUUCACACAUUUUUCAAGUUCCUAUAGAGGAAAUGGAGCAUGCAGCUGAGACUGUAAAAGAAUUUGAAGGUGAAAAAAGAAUGAAGGAUCUAAUUCUGGCAUCCAUUUAUCAAGCCAAUCAGCUUACUGCAUUAGUCAGAGAAGUCCUGAGAGUGUCAGAUGAUGAAAGUGUCUAUAGUAAAGAAGAGAGUGUUGUUGCCCACUUGGAAACAUCGUCAGCAGCUGUUGCAAGGAAGAGCAUCGUUCCUUCAGAAAGAUUAAUGAACAUAUCCAACGCUUUAAAUAAGAAUUUGACACAACUAUUGUCAUUUGUGACAGAAAAGGAAGAACAAAUGCAGUUGCAGGAAAAACAUGGUUCAUCAAGAGAACAGCUGCAGUUUUUUCAUGAAACCCAUCAACUUUGUUGUAACACGAUAUCUCUCUCAACUAAUAACCUGAUUGCUAGUCAAUCUCGACCAAACAGUUACAUCUCUGUGACAUCUUCACUGUCUGACGAUUUAAGUGAUUUACUAAAUCACAGUGAUGAGAAACCAGAUGCAAUAAAGGAGGUGAAUACUAAUGAUGUACAUGAUAUAGAAGAGGACUAUCAUAAAGAGGAAUCAGAAGAUAAGGAUACAGAAAAAAUUGAGCUGGGACAAGAAUGGAAGGAUAGAGAAAAAAAUAUAGUAAAUACAACUGAAAGUGAUGUAGAAGGAAAUAUAGAGGAGUGUUGUGUCCAUAACACUGAGAGAGACUAUAUAAAAAAUGAUACAGAUAAUGUUAAAGAGAAGGAGCUAUGGGGGAAAAAAGUAAAGGAAAAUUACAAAAAUUGGGAAGAACACAAGAGUAACUUAGAAAAUCUCAAUGAAGAAGAAGAAGAAAACAAACACAAUAAAAGAGAAAUGAAUGUAAACUUUGGGAAAAAAUUAGACCAUAUGAGUGAAGAUAACAAACAGGGUAAUAAAAACUUUGAAAAAAGAUUUGACAACAUGAAUGAAGAUGGAGAAGAAGAAGAAGAUAAAGAAUUAAAUGAAAACUUCAAAAAAGGAUUGGACAGUAUGAAUGAAGAAGAACAGGAUAACAAAGAAUUGAACGAAAACACUGAAAAAGAAUUGGACAAGAUGAAUGAAGAAGAACAAGAUAAAGGAUCAAGUGAAAACUUUGAAAAAAGUUUUCACAACAUGAAUGAAGAUGGAGAAGGAGAACAGAAUAACAAAUGGUUAAAUGAAAAUCUUCGAAUAGGAUUAGAUAAUAUCAACAAAGUAGAAGAACAAGAUAACAAAGAAUUAAUUGGAAACUUCAAAAAAGGAUUGGAAAGUAUGAAUGAAGAAGAACAGGAUAACAAAGAAUUGAACGAAAACACUGAAAAAGAAUUGGACAAGAUGAAUGAAGAACAGGAUAACAAAGAAUUGAAUGAAAACACUGAAAAGGAAUUGGACAAGAUGAAUGAAGAACAGGGUAACAAAGCAUUAAAUGAAAACUGUGAAAAGGAAUUGGAUAAGAUGAAUGAAGAAAAACAGGAUAACAAAGAAUUAAAUGAAAACUUUGAAAAAGAAUUGGACAAGAUGAAUGAAGAAGAACAGGGUAACAAAGAAUUAAAUGAUAACAUUAAAAAAGGACUGGACAGUAAUGAUAAAAUAGAACAAGACUGCAAAGAAUUAAAUGAAAAUUUGGAAAAAGGAUUGGCUAUGAGUAAAAAAGAACAGGAUAACAAAGAAUUCAAUGAAAACUUUGAAAAGGAAUUGGACAAGAUGAAUGAAGAACACGGUAACAAAGCAUUAAAUGAAAACUGUGAAGAGGAAUUGGAUAAGAUGACUGAAGAAAAACAGGAUAACAAAGAAUUAAAUGAAAACUUUGAAAAGGAAUUGGAUAAGAUGAAAGAAGAAGAACAAAAUAACAAAGAAUUAAAUGAUAACAUUGAAAAAGGACUGGACAGUAAUGAUAAAAAAGAACAAGAUUGCAAAGAAUUAAAUGGAAAUUUGGAAAAAGGAUUGGCCAUGAGUAAAAAAGAACAGGAUAAUAAAGAAUUGAAUGAAAACUUUGGAAAGGAAUUGGACAAGAUGAAUGAAGAGCAGGGUAAAAAAGCAUUAAAUGAAAAAUGUGAAAAGGAAUUGGAUAAGAUAAAUGAAGAAGAACAAGGUAACAAAGAAUUGAAUCAAAACUUUGAAAAGGAAUUGGACAAGAUGAAUAAAGAACAGAAUAACAAAGAAUUGAAUAAAGACACUGAAAAAGAAUUAGACAAGGUGAAUAAAGAAGAACAGGGUAACAUAGAAUUAAAUGAUAACGUUAAAAAAGGACUAGACGAGAUUAACGAAGAAGGACAGGGUUGCAAAGAAUUAAAUAAGAUUAAAAAAGGAUUAGAUAGUAUGGAUAAAGAACUAAAUGAAAAUUUGGAAAAAGGAUUGGACAAGAAGAAAAUAGAAGUACAGGAUACCAAAGAAUUAAAUGUAAAUUGUGAAAAAAUAUAUGACAGUACGAAUGAAGAAGAACAGAAUAACAAAGAGUUAAAUGAAAAGGGAUUGGACAAAAUGAACAAAGGAAUAUGGUGUAAAGAAUUAAAUGAUAAUUUGGAGAAAGGGUUUGACAAGAUGAAUACAGAAGAACAAGAUAACAAACAAUUAAGUGAAAACUCUGAAAAUGGCUUGGAAAGUAUGAAUGACUUGGAAAAAGUAUUAGACAGUACGAGUGAAGAAGAACGAGAUAACCAAAAAUUAAAUAAAAUCUUUGAAAAUGGUUUGAAAAGUAUGAAUAAAGAAGAAUGUUAUAUCAAAGAAUUAAAUGAAAACUUUGAAAAGGGAUCGGACAACAUGAAUAAACAAGAACAGGAUAACCAAGAAUUAAAUGAAAACUUUGAAAAAGUAUUGGACAGUAUGGAUAAAGAAAAACAUGACAAUGAAGAAUUAAAUGAAAACUUUGAAAAUGGUUUGAUAAGUAUAAAUAAAGAACAACAGGAUAACAAAGAAUUAGAUGAAAAUUUGGGAGGAGAGUUUGACAAGAUGAACAGUGAGGAACAGGAUGACAAAACAUCAAAUGAAAACUUUAUAAAGGAAUUGGGCAGUGUGUAUAAAGAAGAACAAAAGAGCAAAGAAUUAAAUGAAAAGUUGGGAAUAGUAUUGGAUAAUAUGGAUAAAGAAGAACAAAAUAAAUUAAAUGAAAUUUUGGAAAAAGGGCUCAACAAGAUGAAGAAAGAAGAACAGGAUAACAAAGAAUUAAAUCAAAGUUUUGAAAAGGGAUUGUAUAAUAUGAAUGAAGAUGAAAAGGAGGAUAAAGAAUUAGAAGAAAUUUUUGGGAAAGAAUUAGAAAACAUGAAUAAGAAUGAAAUGGAGGGAAGUGAUGAGGCUGAAUUCAAAAGUAUGGAGGAAAAAGAGGACAAGAAAGAAUUAAAGUGUGAGACGGGAUGGGAAAAUUUGGAUGGAAAAGAAAACAAUGAAGAAACAUUGAAUAAAAAUUUGAAAGAAAAAAUGAAGAAAAUGGAAGGAGAAGAAAAACACAAUUGGGAAGAAUUGAUUAAUGUUGAAGAACAUUUAUUGCUUGAGAAAGAAUUGAAACAUGACUCUGAAAAUAAAUUAGGAAUUCAGUUAAAUAAAAAAGAAAGAAAGAAUGAGGCAAAAUUGAAGGAAAGUUCUGAGGAAAUAUUGAAAAACCUAACUGAUGAGAACAUCUUGGAUGAGAAGGAAAAGGGGUUGAAAAUGGAGGAAGACAAAUUGGAUAAAAAAGAAUUUGAGAAAAGCGGUGACACAAAAGUAGAAAAUCUUACAAAAGAAGAAAAAUUGGAAAAGAAAGAACUGAAGGAAAAUUCUGAAGAAGGACUAAAAAAACAGACUGAUAAUGAACAAUUUCACAAAGAAUUGGUGGAGAACUUUGAGAAAGAAAUUGAACAUAUGAAAGAAGAAGAAAGGUAUAAAAAAAUAUUGAAAGAAAACUGUAAAAAAGGAAAGGAAAUUUCAAAUGAAGUAGAGAAAUUAGAUGAAAAUGGACAGGUAUAUUUAUCUGAAGAAGUAAUAUUGAGUGAGAAAAGAAUAGGAAAUCUGUUGGGAGAAGAAAAAUUUAAUAAAGAAUUGAUGAAAAACUAUGAGAAAGGAUUGGAAAAUUUAACUGAAGAAUUAAUAUUGGUUAAAAAUGGAUUGGGAGAUUUAUCUGAAGAAGAAAAAAUGGAUAGAGAAUUGAAUAAAAAUUGUAAAGAAACAUUGGAUCAUUUAUCUGAAGAAUUAAAAUUGGAUAAAGAAUUGAGUGAAAACUGUGAGAAGAAAUUGGAAAAUUUUAAUGAAGGAGAACAAAUUAUCAUCAAGUCUCAAGAAGUUCUUGGUAAUAGCGGAAUCUUGAGAGAGCAAGAGGACCAAAAGCACUCACAUGAAGUUGGAAAGAGAGAUAACGUGGAAGAAUCAAAAUUUAAUGAUGUUGAAGAAGAAAGAAAGAAUAAGGAAAUUUGUCAAGAAGAAAGUGAUGAAAGAAGUGAACAAGGGGAAAUACCUAGUAAUGUUAAAUUGAAAAACAGUGAUCAUUGUUGUUAUGAAGAGAGGUGUGGGGAAUAUGAACAACUUGUAGACAGGAAUUACCAGGAUCGAUCAGAACAAUUUAGUGAUUCCACAUAUGAAGAUCAAAAUGUUGAACAUGUCUAUUUCAAACAAACAAUUAAAAGUGCAUGUCGUGAAGAAAAUAUAAUGGAUGAAGAUUACCAGAGACCAACUAAUGAUAAAGACCAAAGUCAUCAAAAAAUCUCAGCAGAAAUUAUGUCUUUGAAUAUUUCUGCUAAAAAUAUAGCUUCUGAUAAUCAGAAUAUGCCUGAACCAAAUGUAAACUUGGAUGUAAAUGAAGUGGUUCAACUAAGUACAUGAAUAAAAGAUGUAUAGAGUGAAAGAAUACAAUACUGUAGUUGGAAAGGAUGUGCUACACAAUAUAAUUGUAUCUCCCAAGGAAGAAAUGGGGAUAUUUCUGUUCAUCCAAGAUUAAGGGCACACCUUGUUUUGUAUCUUCAUGAAGUAUACUCUAGUUUUUCUUAUAGACAACAGAUAGUUGCUUCCAGUCUGGUAGGUGCUUUGAAAUAAAUUCAUUUGUUCCAUUUCUCUGAAAGAUAUAAGGAGCUGAAUUUAAAGAUUUAUGAGUGUAAUUUUUCGCUAAUAAUGAAACAUUUAGAUUAUUAACAACCUGAGUUGAGAGAUAAUGUAAAGCCUGUGCUUUCAGUGAUGUGUACUUUCCAACCAACCAGUUAGGAUAAAGAGACUGUGACCAAGCUUGAAAGCAGUAAUGAUGCCUUUUUGUAGCAUACAGUUAUAGUGGGUUUUAAAACGUACACUCCUUUUCUGUAAUAUUUGAAAAAGUCCGAUGUAUAUAAGUUAGUAAAAGCACUGGACUGUGAUGUAAAAAAAAACCCUGCAUUUUAGCAGAAAAUGUUUUUAUAAUUUUAUAACAGGAAUUAUAAACCUUGUUAAAGUAUAAUAUCCAGCUAAGCUUUGUUGUGUAGUAAAAAGUUACACGUUUUUAAUUUAACAUAUUUUAAGUUUUUAGUUAUUGUUUUUUUUUUAACUUGUUAUUCUCAAAUCUUAAACUGUGUAGUUAUUUGUACACCCAUGAUGGUGUUGUCAAGGUUGAAAGUACUUGGAUAAUUGAUGUUAAUAUUAAGUGGAAAAUAUUACGUCCUUUAGUGUAGAGACAGUAAUAUAGCAAGAGUAGAAGUUAUUGCAUGUUGAAAUAUGAAUAGUGGCUUCUAUAUUCUCGACGUACAGCUUUUAUCCUACUACUUCACAUGUGUGAUCCAGCAAAUACUGUGUUGUACAUACCGGUUUUAAACCGUCUCCAAGGGUCACCAGUCUUGUUAUAGAGAAAAAUGGCUAUUUUUUCAAUGUCUUCACUGUUUUCAGAAGAGUGAUAAUUGUAUAUAGUUUACACAGACGCAUAUAUAUAUAUAUAUUCUAUAUAUAUCAGAUUUUAUUAAACGAUAUAAAUCAUUGCGCUCUUAAUUUAAAAACAUGAAAUAAAUGUAUAAUUUGUCGAUAAUUCUGCAUUUUGUCUUUAAUAUUUCAUAAUCUUUAGCCUACUAGCGUAGCAAAUAAUUCUACUAUAACAGCUUGUAUUUGAUAUUCUUUACUUUCCCCUGACAUAAAAAGCAAUUGGUUUUAAUAAAAUUAAUGUUUUUGUUUUUAUAAAUACCGGAACAUGACUAACUACAAUCUCAAUUGGUCCGAGUGAUAACGAGAAUAGCUUGAAUAUAUGUUUCAUCACUUCUUAUGGAUCUCUUACUAUAGAAAUUAACUGGUAUGACCUGGUGGUUAAGGCAAUCUGUGGGUCGCGAGUUCGGAUCCCGUCACCGAAUAUGCUUGCCCUUUCAGCCAUGGUGGCUUAAUAAUGUAGCGGUCAAUCCCACAUUUUGUCACUUCUAAAUUAUACCUCGAAAUUCAACAAACAGAGUUUCUUUGAAUACAGCUUGAAUGGUGUUCAUGAUUUGCAUCAAUAAGUUAAAUGAAACUUGAAGUAUUUGUUGACACUAAUUACAACAUAAAAUAUAAAUUUGUAGCAUUUUCUACUCGAAAUAGUCAAAUUGGGUGCUUUGCGCUAUAAAGUUAGGGAAAAUACUUAUAAUUGGCAGUAGUUUUCAGAGGUAACUGUGAACUUUUGAUUGAAUACUUUUGUAAUGGUAACAUUCAACUUAAAAAUUAUUUCUCAGUGUUUGUAAUUAAACUGUUAUGAUUUUAGUUAUUUGACUUCAUGAAACUGAACCGUUGGGUAUAUAUUACUGCAACAUUACAUUUUUGUUAUAGAUUGAAGAACAGCGUCCCUUGUUCUUUAAACAAAACUUGUACUUAAACAUAACGGUUUAUAAAUUAGCAUGCCCUUUCAAGUAAAAUCCAUUAAGUAUUCGGGCAUUUCAAAGUACUAUUUCUAAUCACAACAUUGCAAGCUCUAGUUGGAGAUGUUCACACAGGAGGUCAUCCUACUGUUAGUACGCCAUUUGGUAAUUCAGAAUUGCUUUUUUUAGUGCCAGCGAAAACAGCUGGUGGAGCUGAGACUGGGCUUCUUCGUAGUCGAUUGUGAUAUGUGAUACCGCUCUUCAGCUGAUAAGUGUUAUCUCUAGUUCUAAUUGGAAACUUGUAGUUCAAGCUUCGGUCGUAAAUUAAACCAUUACUGUUUUAUGUCUGUAGUAAUAAUCAGAACUUUUCAAACACUUAUCAUUGUUUCAGUAUUGAUACGUUUAUGCAAAUUUCCAAGCUUGCUGCGCUGUACGGCUUCGAAUGUACCAUAUCAGAUGUGAGAACAACUAUUUUACGAGUAAAGCGUGCGCCAUGUAUCCAUAACCCCCCCCUCCCUCUCUCUCUCCUUCGAUUUGUUUUAGAGUAGUAUUUAUUGUAUUAUUAAAAUUUCAUUACCUCAUUUUUGACUAAAAGCCUUUGAUUUUUAAUCUGUAAUUUCAUGGUAUAAGAAUGAUUGUAAAUACACAAGUAUAUUUAUAGCUCGGACAAAAUGUUUGAUUUCUCUAAUAUGUCAUUGUUGUGUUACUCUUGUCUUUAACUCAAAAAACACUGCUGAAAAGUAUAGUAGCAACGUCUUUGUGACAGUCAAGCAUGACCUGCAAUAUCUUUGUGACAGUGAAAUAUUAUUUGUAAUAUCUUUGUGAAUUAAUUACGUUACAUUAAUAAAAUAGCUGAACCUUAGGGUAGAAAGGUCAUUUUAAACAACAAAAAUUUUUUGUAAGGAUAGAAAAAGAACGUAGCCAGAGAAGCUUAGCAAAUUCAGUAAGUUUGGUUUUUCUUCCCUUAUUUAGCUCUAAGUUACAUUUGUGUCGACAAAACAUUGAUGUUUCAAAAUCCAUUAAUUGAUGAUAAUCUUUUCACUGACGUACUAGAGAAAAUUAAUUUUAAAAUAUAAAAAGUUAAAGUGAGUUAAUAAAGAGCCGAAUGUUUUUUUUAACAUUUUGUUUUAAACAUAAUUUUGUCUGAUGUGUAGAUAAAGAGGCUGUUAACGUUAUUUACCCAAACCUUUUAAUUGUCAUUUAUGUCCAUUAAUUGUGUGCAAUUCAAUGUCUCUAAAUUAACAAAUAAAAAUACUUUUCGAUUUGUCGGUGUUCUGUUUUGGAGUUCUGGCUGAAGCUAGCUACCAGCAAUGCCUUACAGAGUAGUGUUGGUGUUUUGCAUCAGCAUUUUCCAAUCUGUGGUCUACGAGCUCUCAUCAGACGGUUUCUCGCGUGACUGGGUGGUUGGGACGCUCGACUCAAGCUGCAGGUCGCAAGUUUGCAUCCUGUCACCGAACAUACUCACCCUUUAAGUCGUGGGGGCAUUAUAAAGUGACGAUCAAUCCCACUUUUGUUGUUGAUGAAGAGUAACUUAAGAAUUGGCGUUGGGUAUUGUUGACUAGAUGCCUUCCCUCUAGUUUAUCAUUUCUAAAUUAGAUAUGGCUAGCUCAGACAACCCUCGAGUAGCUUUGCAAAAAAUUCAACAAAAAAACUUCAGCUGAUUUGUGAAAAAUUGCAUAUUGUAUAGAUCUCACUGUGGUCUGCCAGUAUAUUUUAAAAUCAGGUAUUGCUUGGACAAAAGUAUGAAAACCAAUGCCCUGUUCUGUUGCGGUGUUGUUUGGUGUUAAGGUGAAAUGCAACAUCAUACCUCGACCUCAUCCAAGCUUACCUUCGAAGUUGUAUAUCUUAAAAUAUGGCGAAACACUAGAUAGAUGGAUAUUGUAAAAUUUUCGUUUUUGUUUCAUUAGUUUACCCACCGUGACAAAGAGGAGUGCGAAAGUCUAGAAUGUUAUUGACGUUUUUAUCCGAUUAAUAACCUUGGAAUGAACAGAAACAUCUCGCAUAAGUAUAGUUAACUAUUAAAACAAUUUUUUCCAUUAUGCUGUUUCAGAAUGUUAUAACAUUUUCAUUCCUACCUUUUACUCUUUACCGUUCUCUCCUUUCCUACAACGUUUGGUAAGAUCAGAUCGAGUUCAAAUAUUUAAUUUUAGUACUAUUUGUUGAAUCUUUCGUAUUACUCUACAACUGAACAUUGACGAACAACCGAAAAAAAAAACAGAGAAAGGUUUCUGUAGUACGAUUAAAUCGAAAGUAAAAAAAAAAAUGGAAUGAUGUUAUACUACAAACAAAUAGUUAUUUCAGUAUUCGCAACGUUUCGGGCUGGGAAGACGCCCUUUCGCUUGUGAUUUUAAACCUUAAUAGAACCGAAACGUUGUGAACCUUAAAAUAUCUGUUUACCAUUUCUUUGUGGCAUGAAGUUUCCUCUUUAUUAUUAUCAUUUUUUGUUUUCAGCUGUUUGUAGCUAAAUUCAUUGCUGAAAAGUUGUCACGAUUUUCUGAAGCUUGUGAAUAUUCUGCCCUUAAAAAUGUUAACUAAAACUCAUUUUGAGAUCAAAACCGCAUGUAUUUCAUUUUAUUGUGCUAAAUGUGGUGUAUAUAUAAAGAAAGCCAUAAAAGAAGUGUACGUAAAAUUACGUCAACUUACAUUCCAUGAAAUCUGAAAUAAUACUGUAUGGUUAGUUGUAGCAGAAUAAAAGUACAAUGUCGCCACGAACAACCUAUAUUUCACACAUGCUUGUAAGGUCCGAACAUGGAACAAUAUUUAAUACAGCGUGUAUUUUUAUUGUCGAGUACAGUAUACACAUAUACUGAAAGAUGUUUAACAAAAUAUUCAAAUGUAAUAGGUAGGCAGCAGAACCAAGAUCUUUAAAGCAAUUUUUAACUGACGAUUUACGAAAUGAAAUAUGAUUUUGUUUUCUUUGUGAGCUUAUAUUAAGGUAAGUUCAUAUUGUCAGCAUAUCAAAAGAUAACGUAAUAUCGCGAACGGUCCCAGACUUUUGAAACCAGCUAACUUGGUCGUUAGCUACGUUUCUUAAAAGUUUCGAUUUCCCAAAGAAAAUUUUAAUUAGCAUUCUGCUCGGGAUAGCACAAUCGGGCAACACCUGCUUCAUCAUUUUAUAUAAGAUUCUUAAUUUUAUGGGCAGAGCUGUUAUAAUUACAAAUCAUAUGUUCACAUCACAGAUCUGUACAAUCGAUGAAUUUUUGUGACGGAUUCGUUUUUUUUUUCUCUACUUUCGAAAUGCAAAAUGCCGAUUGAAGAUUAAGAUCGUUAGUUAAAGUAAAGAAUAAUCAGCUUUUGUUUUAAAGUGAUAUUUAUAAAAACAUAAGGUGCUAAAUAUACGAAAUGUUUGUUUUGUUCAUGAUAAUAAUAAUGCUGGUUUGUAAAGUAAUAUCAUUAAGACAUAUCAGUGAUUGUGAAAAUUACGCGUUAAAUAUAUAAAUAACUUCAAGAUAAAACUACUAUGUGUCAUAAGUAAUAAGCUUUACGAAAGUUAAGUUUGAAAAAUACUGUGUACAAACCCUUUUCUGUUACAACUUUCUUGGCCAUAAAUAAUAAACUUAACCAAAAUCAAAUUUGAAACUAUAACCCUGACUUUUUGAGGUGAUUUUAGAAAUGACUGUAUUAUUAUUCAUAAUCACUGGUAAAGUCCGUGUAUUAAAUGAUUGCUGAUGUUAUAUCAUAAGAGAGAAAUGAAGCGUAUUAACUGUAUGCAUUUUAAAUAUGUUUUGUAAAAUAAAAUUCUAACUGCAUA